AUGUCAACUGGAAUUGGUAAAUGGGGUGAUAAACAUGAUGAACAUCAUGUUGGACUUGCUCGUCAUUCAUUUGAUCAAGAAUAUGAUAAAUCAUCAGCAUUUGAAUUUACAAAUCGUUCAUUUGCUCGACCACAACCAUGGCGUACAUAUCCUGUUUUAGGUGGUGAAACAGGUGAUGAAUUAGAUACACAUCCAUUACCAAAAGAACAACGAGAUAAAUUAUUACCAAAUAAAUCAUUAAAUCCUGAAUAUAAUCGAUAUUUUGAUGAAAAAAAACAAACAGAAGAUGGACAAUUACAAGUGCGAGAAGAUCAUUUAGCACUUUUUUCACCAAAAGCAAGAAAGGUUAUUCUUUUCGAUAUGGGUAUACAACCAAGCAAAGGUGAUCUUGAUCGUGAUUAUAAUAAUGAUACACGUUAUCGUGUUUGGGGUUUACCCUAUUUUAUGGCUCCAUAUGAUGCACGUGUUCUUAUUCCUAUUGGUUUUUCAACAGUUGUAUUAAUGCGUAAUAUGUAUUUACGUCGACCAUUUUUUUCAGCAAGACCUGUUUAUGCUGCAGCUAUUGUUGGUGGUUAUUUAUUUGGUUCAUGGUGGAGAAAAUUUCGUGAACAACGUAUGUUAGAAAAAGAAUUGAGUAUUUGGGAUUAUGUUCGACGACAUCCAGAAGAUUUUCCUGAAGUAUUUGAAAAACGUCGAAAAUAUCAAGAAAUUUUUCAAUCAUGGAGACCAUUACGUUAA